GUAUGGCGGUGAUGUCUUGCGUCAGAUCCAUUGAGGGUUUGACUAAUUUGGAUUUAGUUUGAUGUUUCUAUGACAAUUCAUGAAAAAACUAUUGAGGAUAAUAGAUUUAAUUACAAUUUUAUAUAACCUGAUUAUUACUAGACAAUCAACACGACUUUUGAUGCAGGUCCUGUCAGAAGGUGAGUGUAGCUGGUGCAUGAAGUCAGGCGCAGGAGAGCAGAAUGAGUGAGUAACGUACUUUACUCAAAAAAUAAAGGCACAAGGUAAACAAAUACACUUGACCAAAGACCAACGGUAAAUAUUACGCACGGGUGAACACAGCACCCGUGGAAAAACCAGGCAUCAUGAACCGAACUGAACAUAGAAAUAAUCACGCACAACAAACAUGGACAUGAACAUGGAAUUGGAUAAUGAAAACCAGGUGUGUAGAAAAUAAAGACAAAACCAAUAGAAAAUGAAAGAUGGAUCAGCGAUGGCUAGAAGACCGGUGACGUCGACCGCCGAACGCCGCCCGAACAAGGAGAGGAACCGAGCUCGGCGGAAGUCGUGACAGGUUGUAAAAGUAGGCCAGGUCUUUUUAGAAUAACUUACACUUGUUUUGAUGUUUCUACAACAAUCAAUGCAUAAGUUAUUGCGAACAAGAUAUUUAAAUGCGUUUUAAUAUGAUUUGAUUAUUUUAUCAAAUCAACACUUUACUUUUUAUGCAAAUCAAAGGUUGUAAAAAUAGGCCAGACCUUUUUAGAAUAAUUAGCACUUAUUUUUUCUAUGACGAUCAAUUCAAACGUUAUUGUAAAAAAUAGAUUUACCCACGGUAUCGUACCCACUACAUAGAUGGGGGAACUGUAGGCGAUUUUUUUCUGCGCGACCUCCCGAGGUAAAAUGUAGACAACAGUAUUGUCUCUCGAGAAUCGUUACCUCUCGAGAACUUCUCGAAAAUGUCCAUUUGCUAUAAUCAAUGUGAAAAUGGUCUUGGUCUGACUGUCAGCCGCAGCACGAGAUCCCUCGUUCGUCUUCAACUUGUUAGGAAGCCCCCCUUACUCGCGUCUGUGAACCUGGCUGUGUGAAGGAGAGAGAGAGAGAGAGAGAGAGAUGAAGUCUGUUAACGCACACCGACCAGCUUUUCCUUGCUCAGUUAUUAGUCUAGUUUUUUUAACGCCCUCUGCUUUGAUAUAGUGAUCUGAUAUGGGACCGCGUGUCACUGUCACGGUUCUGCUGUCAUGUUCGUUACCGGCAGAAUGUUGAGCAACACCGGCGGUGUCGCGAGGGAAUUCCUACUGUGGAGCGCUAUCUGGAUCACAGACAACUGACCCCAAAACAAGGAACAUGAGACGCGGUAAAGUUCCCAUACCGAUGCUGGAUGUACUAUCGGUUAUUCUGCUGCUCAUGCACCUGUCUGAAAUGGCAACCGGGGCUGCAGCAAUGGUGUCCAGCAGGGUGUCAGUAGAGAGCAGUUGUCCUCUGGGCCAGUUUCCCUGUGGUAAUGUCACAGUGUGUCUACACCAGGCUCUGCAGUGUAAUGGACAUAGAGACUGUCCCAAUGGAGCCGACGAGGACAACUGUGGAGACAACAGUGGAUGGGCGGACAUCUUUGAUCGAACCAUCAGGAAGGUCGAACCACAGGUCCUACCGUUACCAGAAGACUGCUUCUUGCAGCAGUACCCACAGCGUUGUGACUGUAUCAAGACAGAGCUGGAGUGUGUGGAAGUCAACCUACAUGACGUUCCUCAAGUCUCCACCAAUGUCACCUGGCUGUCUCUGAAGAGUAACGAGAUAAAGAGACUGUCGGACAACAUCUUCUCCAAAUACACACACCUGCAGAGACUGUUCCUACAGAAUAACAGCAUCCAGACAAUCUCCAGUCAAGCCUUCAGUGGACUCUACAAACUAGAGAGACUGUUUCUCAGUGAGAACUCCAUCUCAUCUCUCAGUCCUGGUGUGUUCAGUGAUCUCCGUAAUUUAUGGUGGCUGGUGUUGGAUCACAACCCUCUUAACAGUGUUUCCCAAGACACCUUCACCGGCCUCACCUCCCUCAUGUUCCUGUCCAUGGUGAAUACAUCUCUGGUGCAGCUCCCCCAGCCCAGCCUCUGUCACCACACACCUAACCUCAGCUGGGUGGAUUUUGAGGGGAACCAGGUCUUAACCAUUAGCUACUCUACUCUGAUGACCUGCAGCCAGCUCACAGUACUGCUCCUAAUGGACAACAAGAUCACAACUCUUCCGGAGAACACUUUUCAGUCUCUAGUGGUUCUAGAAGAACUAGACCUGUCGGACAACCGGAUUACUGAGCUCCCCAACAACACCUUUAAGAGCCUAAAGUCUCUCGUCAAACUGAACAUAUCCCAUAAUCCUCUGUUCCACAUCCACCCGGGUCACUUUGAUCACCUGACCCAGCUCCAGUCCCUAGGUCUGGAGGGUAUUGAGAUUCCAGACAUCCAGACGAAGAUGUUUGUACCCAUGGGAAACCUCUCACACAUCUACUUCAAGACAUUCCAGUACUGUUCCUAUGCGCCCCACGUGAGAACGUGUAAGCCCAACACAGACGGUAUCUCUUCCUUCGAGGACCUGUUAGCCAACGUGGUACUCAGGGUCUCUGUGUGGGUCAUGGCCUUCAUCACAUGUUUCGGGAACCUCUUCGUCAUCGGGAUGAGGUCUCUGAUCAGGGCAGAGAACAACCUGCACGCCGCCUGCAUCAAAGUCCUCUGCUGUGCAGACUGUCUGAUGGGAGUGUACCUGUUCUUUGUCGGUGUGUUUGACGUGAAGUUCCGAGGGGAGUACAAUCGUAACGCUCUCCUGUGGAUGGAGAGUGUGGAAUGUCGAACCAUCGGAUUCCUGGCUAUGCUCUCCUCAGAGGUAUCAGUUCUGCUGCUGACCUACCUGACUCUGGAGAAGUUCCUGGUCAUAGUGUUUCCCUUCAGCCACCUGAGACCUGGUAAACUACAGACUGUGGUGGUGCUAGUGUCUAUCUGGGUGCUGGGGUUCAUCAUCGCUGUGGUUCCCUUGCUGAACGACGAUCUGUUUGGGAACUACUAUGGUCGCAACGGGGUCUGCUUCCCCCUCCACUCUGACAGACAGGAGAAACCCACUGCUAAAGGAUACUCUAUCGGAAUUUUCCUUGGUCUGAACCUGGUAGCCUUCCUGGUGAUAGUGUUCUCCUACUCCUCCAUGUUCUACUCCAUCUAUAAGACUGGAAUAAACGCUACAGACCUGAGGAGCAGGCUACACAGAGACGUGGCUGUAGCUAACAGGUUCUUCUUCAUCGUCUUCUCUGACGCCCUCUGCUGGAUCCCCAUCUUCCUGGUCAAGAUACUGUCCCUGCUGCAGGUCGAGAUACCAGGUACCAUCUCAUCCUGGGUGGUGAUCUUUAUAUUACCCAUCAACAGUGCCCUGAACCCUAUCCUCUACACCCUGACUACCAGCUUCUUCAGAGAACAGGUGGAGGUGCUGCUGUGUCGCUGGCAGAGACGGUCGGCCAUGAAGAAGAACAGGAAGAGCCUGACCUCCUCUACUAUACAUGGAGGCCUCAUGGAAUACAUCCUAUCACCCCCCAGUCUACCUACUGAUAUGGACCCUCGCUAUGGGUGAGGGAAGGAGGGAGAGACAUACUACCACCCCCUUCAUAUCUGCCCAGAAUUUCAUUGGAUCCUGACUGUGGGUAGAAAGGGGGAGAGAGGAGAAAAGAGGAAGGACAGUAUUCAUUUUACCACCCCCUGAAUCCCACUGAUUCAGAUAUGAAGGCAUCUCUCUGCCUGGAGAAGGAGAGGAGAUAUUUUACCACCCCCUGAAUCCCACUGACUGAGAUAUGAAGGCAUCUCUCCACCCAGAGAAGGAGAGGAGAUAUUUUACCACCCCCUGAAUCCCACUGACUGAGAUAUGAAGGCAUCUCUCCACCCAGAGAAGGAGAGGAGAUAUUUUACCACCCCCUGAAUCCCACUGACUGAGAUAUGAAGGCAUCUCUCCACCUGGAGAGCUAAAGCGGAUAUGACCGAUCUAUUGCUCCUCUCUCCACACCUCCCUGCAGCUCCAGCCAGAGAGGACUAGAGGACUACUGCUUAAUGAACCAUUCAUUUAACACCAUUAAGACCAGGGCUGCCCUGGAGAGGGCUGUUUCAGACUAUUACUGCUGCAAAUUGAUUGCUCUUUAGGGACAAUAUUGAUUUGUGCUCAAAGUUCCAAGCUCUUCACUGUACAGUAUGGGAGAAAUUCACCUCAUCCGCUACAGUACUUACUACGUCGCAGAGUUGGGGCCAAUUCGAAUUGAAGGUAGUCAAUUCAGGAAGUGAUUUGAAUUUGAACUUCAAUAAAUGGAAAAACUUUUGAAAUAAAUAGCUUUUACUUAUAGUUUCUUGAGAAGCAAUUUAAAAUAGAUAUCCUUUUUUGAUGCCUUCAUUCGAAUUGACCCCAACCCUGCUAUGUAGCACCGAUAAAUGCUGGGACUGGGAGGAUGUAGGACCUGUUUACAUAUGGACUCCUUAUUAAUAAACCUCUUUGUUUGCUUGUUUGUUUGUUUGUACAUAAACAACUGAACUGUGUGUUUGUUUAAUAAUCUAGCUCCCUUGGUUGUGCGUGUCAAAAAUGGCCCUUUGUUCCCUUUGUAGUGCACAUCUUUUGACCAUGUUGGGACGUGGACUUUCUUCUUUGUGGAGUGUGUUAAUCUAACAUGAAGAGAAAACUCUUACCUGUGGUCACAUGUCUGUGUACUGUACAUGCCCACUGGGCACAAACUGGUUGAAUCUGUUUUUUCAACAUAAUUUGUCAACGUAUUGUGAUGUGGAAUUUACGUGUAAAAUGCAUUGAAUUUGCAAAAAGUCAUCAACUGUUGUUUUGAGGUGGAAUUUCAACCACAUGAUUAUGUCAUCAUUGUAACACAUUUUCAACAUAGACAAACCUUACAUUUCUACCUUUGAAACAAUGUCAGAUCUUUAACGUUAUAUUCACUAGCAGAAAAAAAAGCAAUGGGUCGGGCAGCACCUUCUACUGGAGAGUUGAUCUAUCUACAGCACCUCCUACUGGAGAGUUGAUCUAUCUACAUUACAGCACCUCCUACUGGAGAGUUGAUCUAUCUACAUUACAGCGCCUCCUACUGGAGAGUUGAUCUAUUAUAGCACCUCCUACUGGAGAGUUGAUCUAUCUACAGCACCUCCUACUGGAGAGUUGAUCUAUCUACAGCUACCCCUUUAGUUUCCCAUCCAGGGUUUUAACCAAGCCCAGCUUAGCUUUGAUAUUUGUUACUUACUAUUACCAAUGUACUAUUGUGAGAAUCAGGGGCGCAACUUUGGUUUUAGAAGUGGGGGGGACAUAAAAUAAUUAUAAAUAUAAUAAUUAUAAUAAUUUAUUUUUUUUUAAAUCCAGAUGGAUAAACACUCCAAACAGCCUUCCCGACCGAUUGAAGGCGUCCGCAUGGCCAGGACAAAAAUGCAAUUUCAGAAUGUCCCCGUCCCCAGUGAAAGUUGCUCCCCUGGUGAGAAUGAUUGAGAGAUCUCCACUUAAAAAGAAAACACAUUCACUGUUGCUAUGGAAGUCAUUUCAAAGGGUAGGAUUAACAGAGCAAAUUAAAUACUGUAGAACGAUACUUCAUAAAUCAUAUAUCAUCAAUGAGACUAUUUAGACCUAUAAUUUGCAAAGUUCGGGUUCCACAUUCCUGAAGAGUUCUACCUCGAACCAAAACGGGUUCUACCUGAAACCAAAAAGGGUUCUCCUAUGGGAACAGCAGUAUAACCCUUUUGGAACCCUUAUUUCUACAAGUGUAGGGUUUCAAGCUUUGGUUGAUUUGAAAUUUAAUCUAAAAGUUCAUAAAGGAUUGGAUUCCUGUCUCCAUCUCAACCAAAAAUCUAGUUAAAGAAUAUUACUUUAUUAAAAAUGUAUUUGAUUUAGUCCUAUUCUUUAACUUAGAUUUUUGGUUGAGAUGGAGGCGUGAAUCCAAACUGGAAUUUAAAACCAAACGAAUGCCCAGAUUCAAUCAGAUCGAGCGUUAACCAUCGUUGGCCAACAUCCCCAUAGCAGAUGUUAUGACGGUGUUGGAGCUGAAUCUACAGUAUGAGCUGACACAUACUGUAGGUGAGUGGCUGCUUUUGUGUGUCACAAACCACUCCCUUCCUUAGAAGUGUUAAGUGUAGGCUGUAUCAAUGUUGGAAAUAACUCUCAAGUGUCAAACUGUUGAUGUCAAACCAAUGAGCCAUUCACAGUUUCACUGUACCGACCCUGUAUACUUAGACUUGCAUGGCUUAAUCUUUGAGACAAGCAUAUGUUAGGCUAAUGCAUGUUUAAAUGUUCAUUUGGAUGAGUGUAUUUAUAGCCUAUCAGUCUAAUUCAAGUUUUUGAACUUGUAACGAGGCUGUGUUGGAUUUGUCGGUUUAUAGUCGGGCGUGGUUUAGUUGCAUGCAGUGUCCAUGAUAAGGUAAGGCAACGAGCCACUUGUAGAUUUGACAGCUCUAAAGCAGAUCCACCUCCAACACCUCCAUAUAACAACCACUAUGCGGAUGUUAUUGAAUCCAUCCCUUAGUAAGUGGCACAGAUUAAACUAUCCAAGAAGAAGAUAAUCUCCUUCAAAUGUGGAUAUUUGGUUGUUUUCAACCAAACACAAUUCAAUAUGACUUUUGUAAUUCAGUAAAUAUCCUAAAGUGAAGGUUAUUUUACAAACUAAUGUACACAUCCAUGGCCACAUUUUGAGGUUACUGUAGCUUUAAAUGUCUUAUAUAAUCAAAGCAUGCAUGUUCAAGAUAGCGUGCAAAGGCCGCAGGUCUGUGGAGAUCUUCACAAUUGCUGUAAUAAUCUGUGCAGAAUCUCAAACAGCAUUGAUUACUUGCACCAUGUACUUUUAAUGUAAUCUCAACUGCAAUUUAGUUAUUUUGGUUCUGCUUUAAGAUAAAGCACAGUGAGAACACAUUACGUUGUUGUAUAAAUAAACAAAAUAUCUGGCA